CAAACAAAUGCAAAGAUGAUUUAAUAGAAUGGAACAACGCUGAGGAGAGCUUAUCUAAGUGCAUAAAUUACUGGAAACAGUUAGUUAUUCACAACAGAGGAAAAGAUAAAAUAACGGAUAAGUAUUUCAACAAAAUAGUUGAGAUGUACACGGAUGCUGAGAAUUGGUUUCUGGUUUCCUAUGUAUGUAUAGGACACGUUCUUUUUUAAUAUAAAAUAAUAUUAACAUUAAUAUUUUAAUAUCAAUGUUAAAGUUGCAAAGCAACUGUUCUAGCUUUUAUGAAUUUUAAACAAAAAUAGACGCAGUUUUUUUAUUCUUAUUUUAGAAAGAUAUUUCGCAGAAAGAACUUAGAGAUAAACGUGAGGACUUAGAAACAGUUGCUUCUAAAAUUUUAAAGAGUAUGCAAGAUGAGAAACAGAAACGUGAUCGAAAAAUAGUCAGAGAAGCCGAUGAAUGUCGAAUGUUUAUCAGUCGUGUCAGAUCCUUUGCUGUUUUUGGAGAACAACGAAACAAACUCACGUCAGAGGAUAUAAAGUCAAUAACAAGAAAAUGUAAUGAAUUAAAAGGAUGGCUUAGUUCAUACCCAAUUACUGAGGAUGAAAUAGAGAAACAAAGAACGGAAUUAAUAGAGUUUGUAGAAAGAUUGAGAAACCGAAUAAAAAAAGAACAACAAGGCACUAAUGAAAAGAAGCAAGCUGAAUUGAAACAAACGGAACUACUUUAAACAGCCAAAUCGUGAUUGUCUCCUUGAUCAAUUGACACAAAGAUUCAUUAUCGAAGAAGAAAAUAAAUAGAAGAAAAAGAUUCAAAAAUCAUUUGCAACAUAGCCGAUGAUGUGUUGCCCGGUGACGCCCCCACCGAAACAUAUGCCCCCGUGUUUAUAUAACUUAGAAUCUGAGUUUUAUUGUGGCUUUAAAUAAAGAUUUUUUCUGUUUUUUUUUUUUUUAAUUUUUAUUAUGUAUAUUCAUGCUUGCAUUAUACCCCCAAAUUUUUAAAACCCAUAAUUAAAAUUGAGAAUUUCGUAAUCGUACAAUUUACAGCAAAUUAGGAUGUAUAGAUUUAGAAUGACUUUGUUUCAGGUAAUUAGUCGUACCUAAUUUUUGAAUUUUGUAAAUUUCUUGUUUUUGUUUGAAUACCCCAUGCUUUUUUAGAUUAUUAACAUUAAAUUAGUUUGCGUAAUCUGGUUACUAAAAAAGUUAGGAGGGUUUUAUCGUAAUAUUGAAGUUGAAGUAACAUAGCUUAGAAUAGAACAACAAUGUCUUGAUAUCAUCAAUAAACAUAU